CUGUACUUUUAUCGUUUCAGACGCAAUUUAAGUGUGGCAGUUCUGCGAGGUGCAGUGUACGCCAUGGGCGGAUACGAUGAACAUCGGGAUCACAGAACGGCUGAAAGAUACGACAGCAAGAAAAACCAGUGGUUGUGGAUCGCUCCCAUGAAUACAGCGCGAUCCAAUGCAUGUGCUGCUGUGCUGAAUGACAAAAUAUACUUCGCUGGUGGAUGUGAUGGUUGCAAUGUCCUAAACUCGGUGGAAGUUUAUCACCCGGACACCAACCGAUGGACGUUCGUUGCACCAAUGAUUACUGGACGUGCCAAUUUUUCUUUCGUCGCCUUCAACGCCUGUCUGUACGCUCUAGGAGGACACAACACGACAUCAUCCGAGCUCAGUACCGAAAAGUAUGACCCUACAGAAAACAAGUGGACCAAGAUCCCUAGCAUGGACGCCUAUUCAAGUGACUUAAACGCAGAAGUGAUGAACGAUAAGAUCUUCGUCAUCGGCGGAUAUUACGAAGCGAACAACUUCGGUGUCAAAUGUUUCAAUGACAAGGAAAAUCGAUGGAAUCCGGUGACAAACGUAAAUGUUCGUAGAACCCUGAUGUCAACUUGUGUCAUCAAGAACCUACCGAAUGCAAGCGAUUACUCCUAAAACUUAAUCCGAUUGGUUGCCUGUUCGGACGUUUUAUUAUGUUUCUUAGCACUUAGAAGUUAGCACUUAAAUGACCCGGGCCCGCGCGCAAGCUGAAGAACGGGUCGUUUAAGUGCUAGGUGCUUAGAAACGUAAAAAAAUGUUGGAUUGGGAAACUCAGUAGUCUGCAGUUGAUUACAACCAGGACGGAUACAUUAAAUUUAAUUACUUUUCUUAUGAAAAUAAUGUACGAAUUUGAAUUGAUGUAGGAACUACAAAAAAAAUAAAGAGAAAUAUUAUUUGCAGCAAA